AUGGAAUUGCGUACGGAGCUUUCUACCACCCAGACUACUCCGACAGCCAUACCUGUCUCAGUGUCGGGGACUCUCCUCCGUGCUCCGCCUUUGCUUCUACGCGCCACCGAAAAGUACCCUAGGACUCCCAAGUGCGCCCGAUGCAGAAACCACGGGGUCGUCUCAGCUCUGAAGGGCCACAAACGUUAUUGUCGCUGGAAGGAUUGCAUGUGUGCCAAGUGCACCCUGAUCGCCGAGAGACAGAGAGUGAUGGCGGCUCAGGUAGCCCUGAGGAGGCAGCAGGCACAGGAAGAAAACGAAGCUCGGGAGCUGCAACUUCUGUACGGGACGGCGGAAGGAUUGGCGAUUGCAGCUGCCAACGGCAUGAUUCCAUCCCGGUCUUCUUACGACGUGUUUGGUUCGGUCUGCUCCGAGGGUAACACAGAAACUAAACUCCAGAAGUAUGAGUUAUUUCAAAAAAGUUUAUUGCCACGAGCUGGUACUCCACAACAGUCCUUAGUGAAGCCGAGUGACAGUGAGUCGGGUACUGGCAAUGUGCCUGGGACCUCGUCCCCAGAUGUUCGUCACGGAUCUGGGUCAGAGAACGGAGACGGAGAAUCCUUUCUUAGCUCUCCCAUCUGUAAAGUUCUUAAAGAAGGACAAGAUAGCCCAAGGACCAUCACGCCACUGGGCUCUGAUUCUGGGUCAGAGGCAGAAAAGGACGAGAGAGACGGUACCCCCUCCACUGGUGCCCGUCAGAGGACUCCCAUUGAAAUUCUAACCAGAGUGUUUCCUUCGCACAAGAGAAGCGUUCUGGAGCUGGUCCUUCAAGGUUGCGGUGGGGACGUUGUCCAAGCCAUCGAGCAGAUUCUCAACAAUAGAGAGCAAGAAAAAGUUUCCGAAGAAACAUGGCACCGUGAUAGGACUCAUCAGACUGUCCAAGGACCUACAUCACAUCGACCACUAGUAGCUGGGGCCGUGCCUCCUGCCAUUGGGACUCUGGGUAACAGGUCUGCUUUUUCACCACUCCAGCCCAAUGCGGCCCAUUUUACUACAGAUCCCAACGCCUAUGCCAUUGGGCCACAUCUAGGACUCAAUCCUCUUCGCUUAGCAUAUUCAGCCCAUAGUAGGGGACUUGCUUUCAUGACGCCUUAUUCCACAACAGGUCUUGUCCCAACACUGGGCUUUCGUCCACCAAUGGAUUACGCCUUCAGCGACCUCAUGCGAGAUAGGUCCAACUUACACAAAGAUCAAGUGUACACUAAUGGACUUUACGGAUCAGUUGUAAAUAAUAACCCGGAUAAACAGUAA